CAAAUAAACAGAACGCCACCGAAGGGGUCGGGAGAUUCCAACCCUUCUCGUUUCUCGUCACGAGAUUCCGCCUCAAAAAAGUCAUCUUCGUUUCUAUGAGCUUUGCUCUCGUUUUCCAUCUCCCCCUGUUUUCUUUUCCUCUCUCUCAUGAUCUCAUCAUAUCUUUACUUCCCCUUUUCCUCAGUGUUCCCCGAAAUUCUUUCCUCCAUUCUCUUGUCUUUCUCAGUGUACUUGGAAAUCUUUUCUCUUCCUUCCAUUUCCCCUUUCCCCUUGAUCUUGGCGUUCCCAUCGUUAGAAAGUUCCAUUAAUUAACAAAACACCAAUCUCUGAGCCAGGUCCAUUUUUCAGCUGAAUUUUUGUCCCUAUCUGCGUCUUCCUCCACUAUUUCGUCUCAUUUACUGGCUUCCAAAACCAGGUCAAAGUUUUGCAUUGGAAAGCUCCAUUCAGGCGAACAGUUGAGGAAAAUCAGCAAAAACCCGACAACCCAGGGGAGGGAUUCAGCUGGAAUCGGUCACCGACGGCGACGUGGUUGCCAGGAAGUAGUUAAAGAAGAUAAUGAGAGAGUACAAUCUGCAGAGGUUUCAGAGAUAUUUCUCCUACGCCGCGGGGCUUUAUUUUCACUUCAAGCACAUCAUGUGGCGCUCAUCUAUGCACUCACCUGCAAGAUCCUCUGGCAUCUUCCUCUGUUGCGUCCUCCUUCUUGUCGGCGCGUUUGUCUCCACGCGCCUUCUCGACAUAAGUGGUAUAGCUGGCAAUUUAGCACUCCAACCGAUACUAACCACUAGAAAAUCCCACAUAUACCCUGACACAAAUCUGAAAAUUCCCAAAACAGCCUCCAACCCAAUUGAGAUCCCACUCAACUGUACGGCCUACAACCUCAAACGGACCUGCCCUUCAAACUACCCAACCACCUUCCAUCCAGAAGAAGAUCCUGACCGUCCAUCACCGCCAACGUGUCCAGAGUACUUCCGAAUGAUCUAUGAAGAUCUUCGUCCCUGGGCCCGCACGGGGAUCACGAGGGAGAUGGUGGAGAGGGCCAAUCGGACGGCCAACUUUAGGUUGGUGAUAGUGAAGGGAAGGGCUUACGUGGAGAAAUAUCAGAGGGCGUUCCAGACCAGAGACGUUUUUACGCUGUGGGGAAUCCUACAGUUACUACGGAGGUACCCGGGUCAAGUGCCUGACUUGGAGCUGAUGUUUGAUUGCGUGGACUGGCCAGUCAUCAAGACGAGGGACUAUCAAGGACCCAAUGCCUCGGACCCACCGCCGCUGUUUCGGUACUGUGGUGAUGAUGACUCGCUGGAUAUUGUUUUCCCUGAUUGGUCCUUCUGGGGAUGGCCUGAGAUCAAUAUAAGGCCAUGGGAAUCUUUGUUGACGGACCUAAAAGAAGGAAACAAGAGGAUAAGAUGGAUGGAUAGGGAACCUCAUGCUUACUGGAAGGGCAAUCCGACGGUUGCUGUAACAAGGCAAGAGCUCCUCAAAUGUAAUGUCUCGGAAAAACAGGAUUGGAACGCUCGUGUAUAUGCUCAGGAUUGGAUGCGGGAAUCACAGGAAGGGUACAAGCAGUCAGACUUGGCUAGCCAAUGCGCUCAUAGGUAUAAGAUCUAUAUUGAAGGCUCUGCCUGGUCUGUCAGUGAUAAAUACAUUCUUGCUUGUGAUUCUGUUUCCUUACUGGUAAAGCCCCACUACUAUGAUUUCUUCACGAGAAGUUUGAUGCCAAUGCACCACUACUGGCCUAUAAGGGAAGAUGACAAGUGCAGAUCUAUUAAGUUUGCUGUCGAUUGGGGCAAUGACCACAAGGAAAAGGCACAAGAAAUUGGGAAAGCUGCAAGUGAAUUCAUUCAAGAGGAGUUGAAGAUGGAAAAUGUCUAUGAUUACAUGUUUCAUCUUUUAAAUCAGUAUGCUAAGCUCUUAACAUUUGAGCCCAUUAGACCUAGUAAUGCUGUUGAACUCUGUUCAGAGACAAUGGCUUGCCCAGCAGAAAGAUUGCAGAAGAAAUUUUUUAUGGAAUCCAUGGUAAAAGGUCCCAUGUACAGGAGCCCAUGCACUAUGCCUCCACCAUAUGAUCCUCCAUCUCUUCAUACCUUCCUGAAGACAAAGGAAAAUUCAAUAAAACAAGUGGAAUUAUGGGAAAAAAUGUUUUGGGAAAAUCAAAAUAAGCAAGCUUAGAAGACUUCUUGUCAAAAGUCUACAUAUAAAUGUAUACUUGGUAUUCGGUUACUGCUCAAUUAUAGUUUUCAUGUAUGUACCCUUUUAUAUUAUGUCAACACAUAAUAAAUAAAUCAUUAUGUGAGUAGUUGAGAGUUGAGAAUUGAGAAAUUUCUUUUCUAUUGAUGUUGAUCACAGUGGUGUGUGCAAGUCUGGUUAAAAUGUAUUGUGAGAUUUGAAGGUAGCAAUUGUGAGCUGUAAAUAGGUAUCAUUUAUAGACUUGCUUGAAAAGCCGGCAAGAUACAGAAUACCAUAAAAUGGAGAUGAUCUAUUUCAUAGUCAGGAUUGAAAGUUGGUACACUGAGGGUGUACCUGAUGUUAAUGUUA